UUCACAAUAGCACACACACCAAAAUUGAAACUACUAUUCAUUUUGGCUUUUAAUUUAGGCUCUAACGAUACUGAACUCGAGACCCAAAAAAAUUUAUAAAAAAAGGAAAUAAGAAUGAAAAAGCCUAAAAAAAUCAAGGCCCAAAAAAACUCCAAAAAAAACGAAGCAAAAUUCAACUAAUCAAAUAAAUGCGGAGUACUUUCUCACUGAUCAAGGCACUCCAUCUUCCUAAACUGCUUCCUUUCAUUUUCUAUUUCCUCUCUGCUCAAAUCUGUUGAAUUACCUUCAUCUAUUGUGAUUUAAUUCUUCAAAUUUAAUUCCUUUCAUUUUAUUCCCUUUAAAACGAGAUAAAUUUUAGGUUUUUUGCCCAGAUUAUUCGAAACACCCUUUGGUCUUUGUGGUUUAAUGGCUUCUUAUUAUAGACUACAUCCUUUAAUAGCGGAUCGUAAUUGUGAAUGGGGCUCUCAGUGUUGAUGUUCUUUGAAUGGUAGGCAACAUUCUUAUUCCAUUGAUCUUCUUAGAAGAACUGUAUCUUCUGUUGAGAUGGAAAUAAGAUUUUUAAAAGAAAUUGAAGAUGAUGCUACUUCUACCCUUAUUGAAGUAGAAGAAGAUCUUCAUUCAAAAAAGUCCCUAUUAAUUUAGUUGUUCCUGAAACACCACAAGAUCCUAAGAAGAACAAGUCUUCUAGACGAAUUUGCAAAAAAGUAUUGCUUCUUCUAACAAACAUGAAAAUGGGGUAAAUCUAAAACCUAAAUCAAAUAUAAUUAAACCCAAGGUGAGGUUGGCGGAUUUAUUUAAACGUCUGUAAAGAUUGACUAUUGCUGUUGGAUUUUUUUAUGGUUGAUGUUGCUGGAAAUUGGCUGGUUUUGAAUGCUUGUGAUAUUGUUUGUUUAUUCGGUCGUUGCUUCGAAAAUGGAAAACUAUUGUGUUGGUGUUUAUAAAAUGCAGUACCAUUGUGCAUGUAUGGGUUGAUUCUUAAUUUUAAGUUUUUGAUAUCUUGUUUCUUCGACAAAUUUAGUAUUGUUGGGUUUUUGUGUUGGAUAUGAGGAUCAGUUUUUUUUAUGAUAAGCGAAUGUCGAUCUAGGAUUUUUAUGUUACAUGAAAUUGUCGAUGAAGAGUCUUUAACAAUAAGAAGAUAGAAAAAUGAGACUAAUUACGAAUUGUUGCCAUUGUGUUUAAGUAUGAGCUUAACACUUUCGAGUAGCUAGUAAUAGCUUUUGUUUAUCAUUCGAUGAUUAUCGGGGACUAAUUGAGACAAUGUUUAACCUAUAUAAUGUCGAUGAUGAGUCAAUAAUAAUGAGAAAAUAUACUACUGAGCCUAAUUAUGAAUUGUUUCCAUUGUGUUAGAAUUUAAUUUUAACACUUUCGAUUAGCUCGUAAUGUAGCCUUUGUGUAUUAUUCUUUGAUUUAUGGGGACUAACUGAGACAUGUCUAUACAAAAGUCUUUUUCAUUAAGAGAUAAACCACUGUAACUUGUGAGUACAUGAUUAUAAAUUGAUUCCAAAGAAUUGGUUCAUAUAUUCCUCUCUAUAUGUCAUUGCAAUGCAAUCCUUAACAGCCCAUCUAGGUGCUUGUACUUGUUAUGGUAGGCUGCCAUUAUCUUCAAGCUGCUUUUUUUUGUUGUGGGGAACGUCAUAAUUAUUUGACCCUUUUGCCUUGAGUAUCUCAUUCAUCACAUAUUGUAAGGACAUCCACACAUUGCUAAGUGUUUUUGGAUGUAAUUCAACAAAGGCUUCUUGAACUGCUUCUACUAAUUUCUUAAUACACUUUGGCAUCUUCUUAUGCAUUAAUGAUUGUAUGCUUCUAAAAAAACCCAAAUCCAAUAUGUUGCAUUCUGGACUGUUUGGUAGCUGUUGAGUUAAAAUAAACGUAAAACCAUCUUGUUUAUAAUGUGCUUACCAUCGUCUUGAGUAAUGUGUGCCUUGCAAUUAUCUUGUUGAAUGAAAAUGAUUUUCUCUCCUUCACAAGGCCACUUUGACUUGAUUGCUGGAAGUAUUUUAUUGAUUAGCAUUUGUCUUGUUGCUUGCUUGUUGACCGACUCUAUGGGUUUUGUUUCAAACACCCCCUUUGGUCUAUUCUUUGAAGCCCUUUUCGUAAGUACUUCGGUAAAUGGAAAAAUUCCUAUCUUACCGUCGAAAGUACAUUCACCCAUUUGGUUCCAUCUAGGUCUUGCCACACAACCCAUUUGAAAAGUAAAACGAUUUUUGAUCGAUAUGAACAAAGUCAUAUAGACAUUUGUAUUGUGGUUGAAUUGGAAUCGAAUCUAGUACAAGUAGACUUAUAAUCCAAUGAAUUCUUACCAGCUAAUUGUUCUCUGAAAUUUCUGGAUGCAUUGCAUUAGUGUGAGGAUUUAAUUCACCUCUUUUGAUCAUCUUCCAUACGUGGAUGGUGCUAAGUUGAGUUUACUUGCGAAGUCUCUUAUGCACGUUCUAUCACCCAUUUGAAUGCUUGCAAUACUUUCAUAUGGGACUGUAAUUCUUUUUCUUCCAUACUUGUGAUAGUUAUGAUCUAAAUCAUACUUUUCGGAUGUUUGCUUUUGUUUCUCGGCCUUGUUCCAUAAAUAGGUUAUGGUUCUUCGGGAAUAACCAAACUUCUCCGCCAUCUUGUUAAUUGAACCAUAAGGAAGAUUUCCUACAAAAGAUAUGUUGAGUAAGUGUAGUAAAAUUUGUUGUCGCAUUUGUUUGUUCAAUCUCGACUUGUGAUGAUUUGGCUGAUUUACAUCUGGUUCAUUAUGAUUGGUUCUUACAAUGGUAGGGGACCGUUGAGGUCUAAAAGAGGCUCUAAGUCCCCUAUUACUUCAUUGUGUAAAGCUUCUACUUCCAUUAAGACAUCAUCUUCCCCAUCAGAAUUACCAUAUAUUGCUGCACUGUUUUCAGAUUCAUAAUCUGGAAAAUCAUCCAUUAUGAAACAAAAGAGUAAAAAGACAAAACUGAAGCCUGUGUUGAUUGAGUAUUGCUGCUGAUUAUUGAUGUAAGUACCCUGUUGCUGCUGAUAUUGUAAAAGGUUCACGAGACUAUUUCACGAUACAGAUUCUGAUUUUGUAAAGGUUCAAGUAAUUGUUUGAAGUUUAACAUUUUGAUUUUGUAAAGAUCUUAAGUUACUGUUGAUGUAUUUGGGGAUAAUUUUGCUUUAUGAUUUUGAUUGUAUUUAUAGUGUAAGUAUGGGUUGACAUUUAAUUUAAGGGUGUGUUUGGAUUGGCCCAAUUUCAUUUGAAUUGAUGGAAUUGGCCCAAUUCCAUUGUUUGGGUAAGCUAAAAAAUUGAAAUUGGAAUUGGCCCAAUUCCAAUACAAUUCCAACCCAAUUAAAAAAUAAACACUUCAUUUCCAACCCAUACCCUCCCUAAUUUUAAUUCCUAUUCAUUAUUAUUGUUUUUUAAAAAAAUUUAUUUGGAAAUCCCUAAAUUGGCUAAAUGACCUUGGGCCUUUGAAAUCCCGUCUUCAUUGCUUCCUGCUGCUUCCUUCCUGCUGCUUCCUGCUUGCAUCUUCAAAUUGAUCCCAGACGGUGAGACGUCAUCUUCUUCAAUCUUCAGUUCUUCACGCCGUCAUCACCAUUCUUAUUCUUCUCAAGAUCUUCUUAAUCCGAAACAAACCUGAUUUUUGGUAAUGAGCAAUAAAAGAAGCUAUGUGUCUUGGAAUAAGCAGAUGGAUGACAUUCUUACUCGAGUUUUGUUAGAACAAAUCAACAACAAGAAAAAAGGAGAUGGAGACUUUAAGCCUCAAGCUUACCAAGCUGUUGUUGAUGAGUUAAAGAGAGAGCUAGGCAUUGCACUUAAUGUGGAUCAUGUGAGAAACCGAACUAAGUCUUGGAAGAAACACUAUGGCUGCAUCACGGACAUCAAGACUUAUUCAAAAUUUAAGUAGGAUGAUGAAAAAAAAAAUGAUCGUAAUCACUAUGGAAGAUCUACCUCAAUGGACAGAAUAUAUUAAGGUAAACAAAAAUGCUGCCCCUUAUCGCAACAAGUGCAUAGAAAAUUGGGAAGAUAUUUGCACUUUAUUUGGUGCGGAUAGAGCCGUCGGGGAUGGUGCAGAACAACACGAGGAGGCAGCGGAUGCCAUGGAGGGGGAGACGAUCUGUGAACGAACAAGCUCUUCUAAGGAUCCAACUAAUUCAAGCUCUCGCAAGCGGAAAAAGAAUAGUGUAGCUGAUGCGGUAAAUAGUUUUGCCGAGUCAUUUAGAGAGUACGUGCAAAGCAAGAUUAAAGACACUCCGAAACUCACUUGUCAAGAGAUUCACGCUGUUGUUUCUCAAGUGCUUGGCAUUUCUAGGAUUCAGACUAUGCAGGCAGUAAAGAAGUUUAUGAAUGGUUAUCCCGACGAGUUUCUGAUGUUGAAAGAACUACCGGAGGAUGAGAAACUCGACUGGAUACUCUUAUGCCUUGACGAGUAGUUUGUACGUUACACUUUUGAUAUUCUAUGUUAAGAUAACUUUUAAAGUGACAAUUUCGGAUUACUGUAAUAUCUUAAUACAUUUUAUUUGCUAAUAUUUAAUAUUUUUGGUUGAAUGUAAUUACAAGGUUAUCCAAACAAUGCUGUAGAAUUUAAAUUUGGGAAUUCAAUUCCAAUAUUUUUCAAACAACUAUGUGGAUUUGAAAUAUAAA